UUCCUGUUCCAUUCCUAUUUUACUUUUAAUUUUUCCUCUUUUCAGGUUUGGCAGGCGGCACCUCCAAAUCGGACCCCUUCUUCCUCUUUUCUUUCCAACAAUUCCCCUGUUCCUCAAUUUCCCAACACAACACCUUCUCCUCAAGUUUCCCAAAACACACAUAACUAGGAAACUUUCCUUAACCUCUGCAACUUUCUCCAAUUCUAUUGAACAAAAACAAAAGCAUCCCCCUUUUCCCUCUCAUCAUUGGGAAUCGUCUCAAGCUUCGUUUUUGACGUGCUGGGGUUGCUUAGAUUUCAAUUGGGUAUCGAGAAUGUUCAACGGUAUGAUGGAUCCCGAUUUGAUGAAGAUCGCUCAGGAGCAGAUGAGUCGCAUGUCACCCGCUGAGUUGGCUCGGAUCCAACAACAGAUGAUGUCUAAUCCAGAGCUGAUGAGGAUGGCCUCGGAGAGCAUGAAGAACAUGAGUGCUGAAGACUUUAAACUUGCUGCAGAGCAAUUAAAGCAUACCCGUCCGGAAGAAAUGGCCGAGAUUGGUGAGAAGGUGGCUAAUGCGAGUCCUGAGGAAGUGGCAGCGAUGCGAUCCCGGGUUGAUGCCCAGAUCAAAUAUCAGUUGAGUGCGGCUGAGAUGUUGAAGAAGCAGGGAAAUGAUCUUCAUAAUCAAGGAAGGUACAAUGAUGCUUUGAAGAAGUAUAUGCUUGCUAAGGAAAACAUUAAAGAGGUACCAUCUUUCCAGAGUAGAAAGCUUCUUUUGGCAUGCUCUCUGAACUUGAUGUCCUGUUACUUGAAGACAAGCCAGUAUAAUGAAUGCAUAAAAGAAGGUUCUGAGGUUUUGGCAUAUGAUGCGAAGAACCUUAAGGCUCGUUAUCGAAGAGGUCAAGCUUAUAAGGAACUGGGUCUACUAAAAGAUGCUGUUUCUGAUCUGAGCAUGGCACUUGAAGUGUCCCCUGAUGAUGAUACAAUUACAGAGCUUUUACGGGAUACCAAGGAAAAAUUGGCAAUGGAAGGUGGUGAGCAUGCACCUAGAAGAAUAGUAACUGAAGAAAUAACUGAAGUUGAGGAUGUUCCUUCUGGAAGCUCUUUGAAACAAUCGGUGGUUCAACUAAAAAAAUCUGGUGACUCCUCUAAGAGUUACAGUACAGCCAACAAUGGAAUUCCAAAAACAAAGACAGACAGUUUAGAUGCAUUGAAAAAAGAUCCUGAAGCUGUCAGAUCAUUCCAAAACUUUAUUUCAAAUACCGAUCCUGCCACACUGGCUUCUUUGAAUGCUGGACAAUUCAAAGAUGUGUCUCCAGAUAUGAUUAAAACUACCUCUGAUAUGGUUAGUAAAAUGUCACCUGAGGAACUUCAAAGAAUGCUUGACAUGGCUUCUUCAUUUCAAGGGGAUAAUCCAAUUUUUAGAGGAGGUUCCCCUGAUUCUUCUUUCAACCCUGGAUCAAUGCCUCCAAACGUGACACCUGAUAUGUUUAAAGCAGCAAGUGAUAUGAUUAGUAAAAUGCCAGCAGAUGACCUUAAGAGGAUGUUUGAAAUGGCAUCCUCACUGAAAGGGAAAGAAUCUACUCCAUUAGCAGCAGCAGUAGAUGAGAAUGAAAGAAAUGUUUCCCGGUCAAACUUACCAUCAUCAAGUACUAAUGGAACUACUGCUUUUGGAGAAUCUAGUUCUCAUAAUGUGUUUUCAAAUAUGAGAAAUGCUUCUCAGUCAAACUUCCCUUCCUCAAGUGCCAAUCUCCAAGAACAGAUGAGAAACCAGAUGAAAGAUCCAGCUAUGCGGAAGAUGUUCACAUCCAUGGUUAAAAAUAUGAGCCCGGAAAUGAUGGCUAACAUGGGUGAACAAUUUGGUGUUAAGCUUUCACCAGAAGAAGCUGCAAAAGCUCAGCAAGCCAUGUCAUCCUUAUCACCGGAGAGCUUGGAUAAAAUGAUGCUUUGGGCAGACAGGAUUCAAAGAGGAGUUGAAUCUGCGAGAAAGACAAAGAACUGGCUGCUAGGGAAACCUGGCAUGAUCUUUGCUAUAUUAAUGCUCAUUUUGGCUGUCAUUCUUCACCGGUUAGGCUUCAUUGGUGGCUAGAGUAAGGGGCAAACAUUAUGAGAUUCCUUGGGCAUUCAAACUCAGGCAUAACCUUCUUGUGUGAUGAGAAUAUGAGAUGAUUGAAUGUAUUGUCUCAGCCAAGAGACAUUGGAGAGAGGAGGGGACAUAUUAUUGGUUUUCUGGAAAGCAAUGCCAAAAUGGCUUCUCAUCAGAUAUGUCCAAAUUGUGGAUGUGAUUGGCACUUUUUUUUUUGUUGUAACAUAUUAGCUUUUGAGUUGUUUGCCAUUUAGCACUUGGAAGGACCCUACCAUUCAAUAAAUUUGUAACCUUUUGUCAUUCUUAUACCCUAAUCCUAAUGUAGCAUUGGUCUGGUGCGUUAUUAUUUAUAAAAUUUACACGAUUCCCUUUUA